CGGAAGGGGCGGGACGGGACGAGAUAGCUCUCCAACGCCUUCCGGGCGUCAGCUUAGUGGCGGGAAAAGCGGCCUGUUUUGAGACGGCGUCUGCAGAACCUACGCACUAUUUCAUUGAGCCAGCCCGAUGGAGAAGCCAUCCGAGGAGCAAGCUGCCGCGGAGCCCGCGGACUCCGUGGGGGAAGGCGGGCCGUCGUCGGUCGCCGGCGGCCAGGCGGCGCGUCCCAAGGACCAUAUGACUCUGCUGCUCAGGCUGAGAGCACAAACAAAACAACAACUCUUGGAAUAUAAAUCAAUGGUUGAUGCAAAUGAAGAAAAAACUCCAGAAGAAAUCAUUCCAGAAAAGCAAAUUGAAACCAAAAUUGAAGACCUGGAAAAUGAAAUUGAAGAGGUGAAAGUUGCUUUUGAAAUGAAAAACCUUGCGUUAGACAGGAUGCAGCUUUCAACUGCACUUAAAAAAAACCUCGAGAAAAGUAACAGCCAGACUAGUGUGCUCAUGGAUAACAUGAAACAUGUAUUAAAGCUAAAUAAAUUAAUAAUGAAAUCACAACAGGAAUCUUGGGAUUUGGAGAAAACAUUGCUUGAUGUUCGAAAGAAGAGAUUUGAAUUAAAACAAGCUUCAGAAAGUAAGCUUUUAGAAAUACAGACUGAAAAGAACAAACAGAAAGAUGAUUUGGACAAUAUGGAAAAUUCAGACAAGAUAAAGGCCUUACAAGGAAACCUACAGAUGGAGAUACAAAUUACUACAGUUAUUCAACAUGUGUUCCAGAAUCUCAUUUUGGGGAGUAAAGUCAAUUGGGCAGAGGAUUCUGCCUUUAAGGAAACUGUUCUGCAGCUUGAGAAGAAUCUUACUAUGAUCUAAUAAGAAUUCUAUUUUAGCAUUAUUUGUUUCUGACUGGUGUACCAUUUAAAGAGCAAAUUUCAAGUGAAAUAUUUUUUCCAUGUUUUUGGAACAAUUGUAAUACUGCGUUUGUUUUUUUAGCUGAACACUGCAGCAUGGAAUCUAUUGUUUUAAAUGUGAUAAUUAAAGUGACUGGCAUACUCUAAAAGAAUCUGAAAAUCUUAGCCUUGCAAGGGCCCAGAAAGACAUCAUCCCGUCCAGAUUUCCACUCAAUGGGGACAUUUUUUUUUUCAUUCAUGGAAGUCCCAGCUCUCGUUUGGAUACUUCUGUGGAUUUCUCUGUCAACAAAAAUAUUAGAAAAAUUAUAGAAAAGCAUAUCCACAUCUUUAUUUUUUUUAACUGUCAGUUGUAUUUUAUUUAAAUUUUAUAUUUGAUUUAGCUCACUACAGAUUUUUUUUUUUGUAUUGAGAUCUAAUUGACAUACAACCUUGUGUAAGUUUAAGGUAUACAGCAUGUUGAUUUGACUACUGUGGCAUUUUAGCUAACAUCUCCAACAUGUCACAUAAUUAAUUCUUUUUUGUGGUGAGAACAUUUAACAUCUAGUCUAUUAGCAACUUUGAAGUAUAGAGUAUUGGUAUUGACUAUAAUCACAAUACUGUGCCUUAGAUCUCCAAAACUUACUCAUCUUCUAAGUUUGUACCCUUUGACCAACAUCUCUAUACCCCCACCUCCAAUCCACAUCUUUAAACAGAGACCCAAAUAAAGCACAUCAACCUUAAAAAGAAAAAAAAACAUAAAGUGUUAACAGUUAUUGUAGAGGAGUUGUGAUUUUUUUCUUUUGUAUUUCUAUAUUUAUCAAGCAUUACUUUUGAGUAAAUGUUGCUCUUCUAAUUAAAAAAUAGAACUUGCCAUCUUUUAUACAUCCCAUCUCAUCUUUUGAAAACUAAUUUGAGCUCUUUAUUAAUUUGGAGCCCCUGAUUAUUUUUAUAGACAAUGUAGUGUUUUCAGCAUUCUUUAAAAGACCUUAAACUUGAAAAGAUGCACUACAAUUGGUAAUAGCAUUUGAAAUCUGUUCUUUUCUAAACACUUUUCUUUGAAAUAUUUAUAGUUUUACUUCAUUUUGAUAAAUCAUUUCUUUGUAAUUUUAUUCUUUUUGCCACUGUAUUCUUGAAAAUUGUCUAUAUAAAUUGUUGUGGCAGUUGUCUACUCUGAGACUCUGCCCCUAGCAACUCCUGCCUCCCCCCCCCCCCCCCCCCCAGUGUUUCUCUCCUUACUACCUGGGGCAGCUGUCUUAUCUAGACACUGCCACUGGGCUUUCUAACUUGAAUAAAAUGUUUUCUUGCUCUCCUAAAAAAAAAAAAAAUUUGUAAAGCAAGUUAUAUUUUUCUUUUCUUACAGAAAAAUAUUAUUCUGGAAUGUGCCUUCCUGAUCCAAAUGUACAGCAUUAAAAACAUUCAUGCACACUUUAUUAAUUAUUCCCAACUCAAGUACCAUGUUUCCCUGAAAAUAAGACCUAGCCAGACCAUCAGCUCUAAUGUGUCUUUUGGAGCAAAAAUUAAUAUAAGACCCAGUUUUUAUUAAAUGUAGUUUCAUAUUUUUUUAAUCAAGAAAAUCAGAACUUGUGCUGAGUACUUUAUAUUGUAUCACAUCAGGAGGCUGUCAUGCCUGCUGAGUUCUGCCUAACAGAUCCACAGCCAGUGUCAGCAGCAGGGUACAUGGAACAAGAAAGGAGGCAAAGGCCAGGUAAGACGGGAACAUUAAGAAGACAAUGCAAGAGGUAGACUCAUUGCAGAGGAUGACUGAAAUGAAGCAGGAGGAAAAGAAGAUAGAUUUGGGGAUUGAGGCAGUCUGCAGCCUCAGCUUCAGUUACUUUUAUCAUCUGUAUCGUAGAGAACUAAUCCAGAAGGGCCCUGGAUGAGAAUUCUGUGAAGGAGUAUGAAUGCCACCACUUAGAAAUAAACCCACAGAGAAAAGUCAGAGCGUUUUCCUGUCAGAUUCCCCAAAUCAAAAUCCGUAACAACAGCCUCCGUACCUCGCUCCACUCCAACAUGGCAAAAAUGUCCAGCCCUACAGAGACCAAACCGCAUAGAGUCUCUGCUGUUUUCCAGAAGUAUUCUGGGGAGGAUGGUAACAAGUGCAAUCUCUCCAAGACUUGAGUUUCUAAGCUUCAUGAAUACAGACCCGGCUGCCUUCACAAAGAACCAGAAGGACCUCAGUGUCUUUGACUGCAUGAUGUAAAAACGACCUCAACUGUGCUGGGCAGCAGAUUUCCAAAAAAUUCUUACUGGCAGCGUGGCAGUAGCUUGCCAUGACUCCUUUACCCAUUUGCAGAAGUAUAGCUGAGGAGCCCUGGGAGCUGGCCCAGAGCACUCCUUUCUUUCUGGCCUCCGGAUCAUCUCAGAUCACAUAUACUCUGAGCCUGGCGCACCCACCACCCCAUGCAGGCCACUCCUGCUGGUAGCAAUAAAACUAUUGUUUUUUAAAACACACACACACAUAAAUCCAUGCCAAUAUGACCAGUAAUUUGUACUGCAUUUGGUAUUUUCUGAAUUUAUCAGGUAUUCUCAAGAGACUUCUUGGUAUUAGAGGACUUGGAAAGUUUAUCUUUUAAUAAAAGCUGUAAAUCUUAGGACUUCUUUGC